AUGCUCGGUGAAAUCGCUCAAAGAGAUCGACAAAAACAAAUUAUGUUGAUGAACUAUGACGACGAUACAUUAGCUGAUAUUAAAACAAAAGCUAACAAACUACGUGAUGAUCCUCAAAUUGAUCUUGAUAUUCGACUUCAGUUAUGGAAAGAAACUGUUCAUGUUAGACGUAAAGCUUUACGUAAUCAAGCAACAUCGGAAAUUCUCCAAGAAUUUCCUGAAUAUAAAGACCCCGUCCUGAUUUUUGAAGAAGUGAAAAUGAUCAUGGGAGUAAAUUUGCGUGCUGUCGUACGGUGUCAAAUACCAGUUUUACUUGAUAAGAUGAUUGUAGCACCUGUUUUCAUCACAGGUUGUAACACACAUGAAAAUAUUUCGAAUAACUGUGUCUUUUUAGACUCGCCACCGGUUCAACUCAUUCGUGUACUGUGUAGACAAUUUGAGGAAGCAGUUCACCAUUUAUAUUGCAAUACGGUGAGUGCUUUUCUGUAGCUGCUGGGAUGUUUUUUUUACUAAUGUAUUAAAAACAAAUGUGUAAAGUGUUCGAAAUAGACCGGCAUAAGGAAAUUUUUGUUAAUAAAUGAGUCUUUUUUAGAAAAAAACUAACAGACUUCUACUAUUCCAAAAAACGUUUUCGUUAGCAUCAUAUAGAAACAUUACAAAGUUUUUUUUAUUGUUUGCAUCCGAUAAAAGAAAAAAAGAUUUUCAUAGUUACACUGAAUUAUUUGAUAGACUCCGCAUUUUCUCAUAUAUGAAUUUACCAGAGCCAUCUAUGCUAUUGUUUUAACAAAGUUUGUUUUCACAAGAAGUAAAAAGAGACAUCUAUUUCAAUCUUACCAUAAAUUUUAUAUUUCAUUUCUCCAGUCACAUUAGUCAGUAACACGUACCAACAAAUUACACUAAAUAACUAAUAUAUUAACUAUUACGCUAGUAGAUAUCAAAGUGAAUCAACGAAAAAAAGUAAAGACUAAGAUAGCUCCUGCUAAGUAUUUUACUCGAAAUCAUCUUC